CGCAGCGCCGCGCAGGCGCCCCAGGGCCGCGCUGAGCCGAGCCCCUCCUGCUCCCUGGAGGAGUCAAAAUGGCGGCGUGGGGAACCUGGAGCAGUCCCGGAGCCUGAGCCACUGACAGGAGAGGAGAGGAGAGGGCGGCGGCGGCAGGAGGAGGAUGGCCGCGGGUGCUGGCGCUGGUGCGGAAGGCGGUGCUGGGGGCGGCGGCGGCGGAGGCGACGGCAGCGGUCCCAGCAGCAGCAGCAGCGGGAGGAGCCUCCGUGAAAUGGAUGAAAAGAGGCUGCUGGAUCCAGGGUUGAAAGUGCAUAAAGGCCAUUGGGAUUAUACUCUGAAGAACCAGCAGAUGGAAUGCCUGAGUGACUGAAGAAAAUGGGUGCUAAUGCAUCUAACUAUCCUCACUCGUGCUCCCCGAGGGUAGGGGGAAACUCACAGGCCCAGCAGACUUUUAUAGGGACAUCAUCCUAUUCUCAACAAGGCUAUGGUUGUGAAUCAAAAUUGUAUAGCCUUGAACAUGGCCAUGAGAAACCACAAGACAAAAAAAAGAGAACCUCUGGCCUUGCCACCCUCAAAAAGAAGUUUAUUAAGCGACGAAAAUCUAAUAGGUCUGCUGAUCAUGCCAAGCAGAUGCGAGAACUCCUCUCUGGAUGGGAUGUAAGAGAUGUCAAUGCAUUAGUGGAGGAAUAUGAGGGAACUUCAGCCUUAAAGGAGCUUUCUCUACAAGCCAGUUUGGCUAGACCAGAAGCCCGGACAUUGCAGAAAGAUAUGGCUGAUCUUUAUGAGUACAAGUAUUGUACUGAUGUAGACUUAAUAUUUCAAGAAACUUGUUUUCCUGUUCAUCGUGCCAUUUUGGCAGCAAGGUGUCCAUUUUUUAAAACACUGCUUUCUUCCUCACCCGAGUAUGGGGCAGAGAUAAUAAUGGACAUCAAUACAGCUGGUAUUGAUAUGCCCAUGUUUUCUGCUUUGUUACACUACCUUUAUACGGGUGAGUUUGGAAUGGAGGACUCGAGGUUUCAAAAUGUCGAUAUCCUUGUUCAGCUUAGUGAAGAAUUUGGAACACCGAAUUCCCUUGAUGUAGAUAUGCGUGGACUUUUUGAUUACAUGUGUUAUUAUGAUGUCGUCCUUAGUUUUUCUUCAGACUCUGAGUUGGUUGAAGCUUUUGGAGGAAAUCAGAACUGCUUGGAUGAAGAGCUCAAAGCCCACAAGGCUAUUAUUUCUGCACGGUCCCCAUUUUUUCGAAAUUUAUUACAAAGAAGGAUACGGACUGGAGAAGAAAUCACAGACCGAACUUUGAGGACUCCCACAAGAAUUAUAUUAGACGAGUCUAUUAUACCAAAAAAAUAUGCUAAAGUAAUACUACACUGUAUGUACACUGAUGUGGUUGACCUCUCCGUUUUGCACUGUAGCCCCUCUGUGGGGAGUCUAAGUGAAGUUCAGGCUCUCGUUGCAGGGAAGCCAAACAUGACCAGGGCAGAAGAAGCCAUGGAACUUUACCACAUAGCACUAUUCUUGGAAUUUAACAUGCUUGCACAAGGCUGUGAGGAUAUCAUUGCUGAGAGCAUCUCAUUAGAUACCUUAAUUGCCAUCCUCAAGUGGAGCUCACAUCCAUAUGGCUCUAAGUGGGUGCACCGGCAAGCUUUGCAUUUCCUCUGUGAGGAAUUGUCCCAGGUCAUGACUUCGGAUGUUUUUUAUGAACUCAGCAAAGACCAUCUGCUUACUGCUAUCCAGUCUGACUAUCUACAGGCAAGUGAACAAGAUAUCCUUAAAUAUCUGAUUAAAUGGGGAGAGCAUCAGUUGAUGAAAAGAAUAGCAGACAGAGAACCAAACUUAUUGAGUGGUACUGCUCACAGUGUGAACAAAAGGGGUGUAAAAAGACGAGACCUGGACAUCGAAGAGCUUAGAGAGAUCCUUUCUUCUCUCUUACCUUUUGUGCGAAUUGAACACAUCUUACCUAUAAACAGUGAAGUCUUAAGUGAUGCAAUGAAAAGAGGCUUGAUUAGUACUCCUCCAUCAGAUAUGCUUCCUACAACAGAAGGUGGAAAGUCAAAUGCCUGGUUGCGGCAAAAAAAUGCUGGCAUAUACGUUCGUCCUCGGCUGUUCUCUCCCUAUGUGGAAGAAGCAAAGUCAGUGCUAGAUGAGAUGAUGGUGGAACAAACAGACCUUGUGCGUUUGCGAAUGGUGAGAAUGUCCAACGUGCCAGACACGCUUUACAUGGUCAGUAAUGCCAUGCCACAGUGUUGCCACAUGAUCAGCCAUCAGCAGAUGAGCAGCAGCCAAUCAAGCCCACCUUCUGUUGUAGCCAAUGAAAUUCCAGUUCCUCGUCUCUUCAUUAUGAAAGAUAUGGUCAGACGCCUGCAGGAACUACGGCACACCGAGCAGGUGCAGAGAGCUUAUGCACUGAACUGUGGGGAGGGUGCCACCGUCAGCUAUGAAAUUCAGAUUCGAGUACUGAGAGAGUUUGGUCUUGCAGAUGCUGCUGCAGAGCUCUUGCAGAAUCCUCACAAGUUCUUUCCUGAUGAACGUUUUGGGGAUGAAAGUCCACUCUUGACAAUGAGACAGCCUGGGAGAUGUCGUGUUAACAGUACCCCUACUGCAGAAACCAUGUUUACAGACCUGGACUCUUUUGUGGCCUUCCAUCCACCUUUGCCCCCUCCACCCCCUCCAUACCACCCCCCAGCCACCCCAAUCCAUAACCAACUCAAAGCAGGUUGGAAGCAAAGACCUCCCAGUCAGCACCCUUCACGUUCCUUUUCUUAUCCCUGUAAUCAUUCGUUGUUUCACUCCAGAACAGCUCCUAAAGCUGUUCCUCCCCCAGUUUAUCUGCCAGGUGUUAAAGCAGCACCACCUGACUGUACCAACCCCACAGGACUGGGGAGGCAGACAGUUGCUGCUGCUGCUGCUGCAGCUGCUGCCGCCUCUGCUGCAGUAGCAUCCGAGAAACAAAUGUGUACCCAACCUGUGCUGAAUGAUCUAAUGCCAGAUAUCGCCAUGGGAGUAUCCACACUGUCACUCAAGGACAGGAGACUUCCAGAACUUGCUGUAGACACAGAAGUGAGCCAGCCAGUUUCUGAAGCAGGACCGGGGCCUCCCCAGCAUCUCUCGUGUGUUCCACAGAGGCAUACACACACUUCUCGAAAAAAACACACACUAGAGCAAAAAACAGAUGCUAGAGAAAAUCAGCAGGAAUACCCGGAUUUCUAUGACUUCUCAAAUGCUGCUUGCAGACCUUCUACUCCUGCUCCUGGCAGACGCGCCCCUUCCCCUUCGCAAGGUGGAUAUUUUGGUCCUGAUUUGUACAGCCACAAUAAGGCAUCACCAAAUGGCUUAAAGUCAGCCUACCUACCUACUCAGACCCCUCCUAAAACCCAGGAAGAAGCCAGGAGAGAAUAUCCACUUUCCCCUGAUGGGCAUUCACACAGGCAGAAGAGUGAGUCCAUACGCCUGGAUGUCGUGGAGCAGCCUCCCCAGCGAUCAGACUUCCCUUUGGCAGCCCCAGAAAAUGCUGGCAAUGGUCCAGCCCACAUCAGGGGACGAACUGCAGUAGAAACCGACUUGACUUUUGGGCUGACUUCUAACAGGCCUUCUUCACAGUCUGCAUGUAGCUCUGAGGCUCCAGAAGAGCGAUCCACCAGAAGGCUGGCAGACAGUGAGUCCCUGAGCCAUGGAGCUCAGAGAAGCACAGAGCUAGAAAGAGAAGAUUCCAUAAGCAGAGGAAGGAGGUCACCCAGCAAGCCAGACUUCCUCUACAAAAAGUCUGCCCUCUGAGAGCAACCUCCAAGUCGCCUGUGCCUGAGAUGUGAAACAUCCAUUCUACUCCGUAACCCGACAACUCACUGACCAGUUUAUCAGUGCCAGCUCAGUUCCACGUUAUUUUAUUUUCAGUUUUGUGUGUAUAUGUUUAUUACACAUGGCAUGCUAGGAGGGUUAUUUUGAAUGCUGCAUCUGUCUGUUUUAUGUUGGAACAAUUAUGUGAAGAAGCAUUUUGAACAGAAGGCAAGCUGGCACUUUUUUUCCCUCUCUUUACAAAUGAUGGAAUUUUUUUGCACUUGUACAUUUAUUUUAUCUGUAUUGAUUUUAUAUCAGUAUGUUAAACUUUAUUGCCACAUUUAAAGGACUGUAUUUUCAUACUUUUUUGCAUUUUACCUUUCAUCUACCAGUUUUCAUGUGCAUUGUAUUGCACACUAAGAUGUAUUUUCUUAUGAAAUAGUUCUGUUUAUUUUUAAUUAUAGAAAUUCCAAAGAACAGCACAUCAAAAUGCUCCUCUCUUUUAAACAGUUGUUUGAGUUCAAAAAUCUUCCUGCUCAGUCUCUAUAGAUCUAAUGUCAUUCUUCUUUAAUAAGUCUUGGGAGCUAGUCUUUAUUCCCACUGUGAGGGUCCUGAAGUCUUUGGGUGUAGUAGAAGCAGGAAGGAGAAUAGCCCAUGGUGCCCAGCCCAAAGCUGUCACUUUACUCACAGUGUGGACACUGUCAGGGUCCCUGUAGACCCUGGUGGUACAGGUUAAAGUAUUGCUCCCUGGAUGUGGAUCUGAGAAGAUCAGAUUCCUUGGAAUUGGAAAGCAGGGGAGAGAGGAAAGUCAGCUAAAGGGCACAGCAAAGGGAUUUCAGGAUUCCUGGCCCUGCGGGACUUUCUGUCUGAGCUGGGGAAGUGACUGCCUGCUGCCUUCAGUUGUCUUGCUUUCUAUGGGAAACAAAGGGCUUCAGUCUUAUGGAUGUAAUGUGGUGUUUGUAAGCAUAUGUUUUUUUUUUAAAUAUUUCUCAAAGUAUGUCUGAACUUUGGUGUCCUAUAAAAAACUUGUAUAAUGCAUAAUGCUUUGUCACCAAAAAGAAAAAAAAAAUUGUUAAACACUACAUGUCCUACUUGAACUCCACUGGGGAUGCUGGUUUAGCAUUUACUGAACCACUGAGCACAUGAGGUCUCUCUGAUCCUCUCCCUUGGAAGGGCAGUGUGUGAGCUAAGGACUGUUUUGUUUUGUUUCUUACUCUUCAAUGUAAAUAUAUUAGUAUUUGAGUUUAAAUCACUUCAUUAUUUAACA